UGAAGACAUACAGAGACCCAUUAAUUGAAUCUCGUUUAACUGAGAAAGGCCUAUCUUGAGCAAUUGUCCAAACUCAGUGUUAGACUCCUGCAGUCAUGUCCCAAUAUGUAACCGUCGGCCAAUAUCCAGGUCUAGGCAUGGACCUCCGAUACCAUGCCCAAGAUGAACGCGCAGAGGAAAUCUACCCUAUAGGAUUUCACCACAAUUGUUACGGCUCUCUCUCUGAUAUUUUGCUCGUUCGAGAAGUUGCAAUGAUGAUUAUCAUGGAUCGCUUGACUGAUAACCCCAAUUGGCACGUUAAAGUGUUCGACGACACGAUUGCUGAAAAGUGGAUUGAGGACGCCCUCAAAUUUCCAGUGGAUGCAAUAUACGACGAGAUUUCAAAUUACAACUACAAUGCCCGCCACCCCAAGAAACUCAAGACUAUCCUUGAUAGAGGAUGUCUCGAAUACUGUAUCCAAGAACUACGUGCCAAAGCCAAGUACUUUGAAAAGACGGGUCUGAUCCCAACGAUAGAUGCCUGUGUUACAGCCGUCAAGUCAGACACCCUCAUCGACGAGGGCCUCCAUGAUGAACUCCGAGCUGCCUUUGCCAAGCUUAAAGAGCAUCAGAAGGAUGGUCCGGAUUGGCACCCCCUGACCAAUCAAAGGGUACGAGACCUCGUUGAUCCUUCUCUCUACCCCCUCAUCUAUGGUAAAUCUCGUGGUUUCCGCAACGAAGUAGUGGGCGUUGAGGACGCCGUCGAUCGAUGGAGUGGCAAGGGAGAGAUCAUACCCAGUGAUGACUCUCCCUAUCCAAAAGGGUUCUAUGGACAUGUAGAUCUGAACAGGAUCUUCGACCCGUACUGGUCGACUAAGUAUCAGUGGCUGCCCUCCAACGUCAAAUUCCAGGAGGAUGGAAGCGUCAAAUUCACGAGCUACAUCAAUGGACUUCACCCUAACAAACACCGUGAAAUUUAUAGAGCUAUUGAGAAACUCGUCGAGAGGGCACUUCCAGCAUGGGACUUCUGCUUGUUGCGCUUCCGGAAAAGGGCAGAUAAAGUAGGAGCUGGCAGAACUAAGCCGCGCUUCCCAAGACCUAUAAACCCAGAUGAUGAGAAUGAAGAUAACUGGACCCCAUCCUCGGAUGAGGUUUCAAGCCUGCCGCGUGCUGAGACAAGUGAAGCUGAAGUUGAUGAAUCGGCGUCAAAUCCUGCAUCUUCUGAUGAAGAAGAGGGCGAAGAUGUUGAAGUACAGAGCGAAGGUGGGCAUGAGUAUCACGGGACCCGGAAGGACGUCGCUUGGAAAAUAGUUCGUCAGCCAGUUCAGCCCGAAGCCCCGGAGUUCAAGACCUGGAACUAUGCUGUGGGUCCUGGUGAGUCCCUUCAUGAACGCUUCAAGGAUAUCCAGAUCAUUAUCAGGAUGACUUCAAUUGAGCUCACGCCGGAAAACUCUAGUUUACCCGCAGAAGGGUGGCAUGUCGAAGGCCAAAUGAACGAGCACAUCAUUAGUACUGCUUUAUACCACCUGGAUUCGGAGAACGUCACACCCACCUACCUGCAGCUUCGUAUGCAGACCAGCGUCUUUCCAUCUGAUUACAAUUACAAUGUCCGACAGGGCUCUUAUAACUGGUUGGAGCGUGUUUAUGGCACCAAUCUCGGCUACAGAGCCGUGGACAGUCAUUGUCUUCAGAGAUACGGCAGCGUUGAGAUAAGGCAGGGCAGACUUCUAGCUUUUCCCAAUGUAUUCAACCAUCGUGUUUCGUCUUUUGAGCUGCAAGACAAGACCAAGCCCGGCUAUAGUCGCUUCAUUGCACUCUUGCUCGUCGACCCGAGCACCCGAAUCAUUAACACGGGCAAUGUGCCUCCUCAGCAGCAAAGCUGGUGGAUGGAGAACGCGUUUAGUAACCUCAAGCAAGGGAAUGCCGAGAAAGUACCGCAGGCUAUUGCGCAGCUUAUCCUCGAUGCGGCACCGGGUCAUUCUGCCUUAGAUGCUGCUGCUAAACGCGGAGAGCGGCUUCCAGCGGAGCUCAUGGCCAUGAUACAUAAGAACGUUGGCCAGGCUGUGGUACCCAUGUCGCUGAAGGAGGCUAAGGGGCAUCGACUCAAGUUGAUGGAGGAGCGGACAAGCUUUCAAGCUGAGAUGAGGAGGCAUUGGGCUGAACACGGGUACGGUUUCUGAACAUUGAGCUCUUAGAUGGAUGUGGAAUGGGGUAGAUUGUAGCACCGUGCUCUGAUAGUUUCCUACCCCAUGACGAACAGUACGUUAAAUGAGACUUUCACCCUACUGUACUAAUUACUACUGGUAAUGGGCCUAAUACUAACUUUUAUGGCCUGUAUAUCUUCCGCUACCAUGUAUGUAUUUCCAUCAGGAACGCGGCCCAUUCCCACAAUCCAUCUCAUUUCCCAGGUAAAAUAGGGAUCAUCUGGGAAUGGGUCCCGUUUUCUCCACCUCCCAAUAAUACAGCCAAUUACCAUUAAGG